CCUGAUAAGGUGUACAAUUUGACGAUCAGUAAUAUCUCCACUAGCUCACUUUCUCUCAGCUGGACACCACCAAAUGGCAACGCUUGGAAGCUACAGAGUUGACGUUACUGGAUCCACAGUGAUGAAUGUGACCACAACUUCGGCAUUUGCUAAUCUAACUGGACUAAUACCCGGAAGCAUGUAUACCCUCCAAGUUGUGGCCUUGGCUGAGGACAAUAUGACUGAAGGAGAUGCAGUGGCAGUCACGGGAUUCACAAAGCCUGAUAAGGUGUACAAUUUGACGAUCAGUAAUAUCUCCACUAGCUCACUUUCUCUCAGCUGGACACCACCAAAUGGCAACGUUGGAAGCUACAGAGUUGACGUUACUGGAUCCACAGUGAUGAAUGUGACCACAACUUCGGCAUUUGCUAAUCUAACUGGACUAAUACCGGAAGCAUGUAUACCCUCCAAGUUGUGGCCUUGGCUGAGGACAAUAUGACUGAAGGAGAUGCAGUGGCAGUCACGGGAUUCACAAAGCCUGAUAAGGUGUACAAUUUGACGAUCAGUAAUAUCUCCACUAGCUCACUUUCUCUCAGCUGGACACCACCAAAUGGCAACGUUGGAAGCUACAGAGU